CAGGCGGGGCCGCUUUCUGCCUCUCGCUGGCCGCGGCGGCGACGGCGGCAGGCGCCAGCGAGGCCCGUGGGGAGUGGCGGCGCAGCCUGGCGGGUGGGACCAUCGGCCGGGCCCUGGCCCGCGCUCAACCGGCGCGAUGCUUUUCUCGCUCCGGGAGCUGGUGCAGUGGCUGGGCUUCGCCACCUUCGAGAUCUUCGUGCACCUGUUGGCUCUGUUGGUGUUCUCCGUACUGCUGGCCCUGCGUGUGGACGGCCUGGCUCCCGGCCUCUCCUGGUGGAACGUGUUCGUGCCCUUCUUCGCCGCUGACGGGCUCAGCACCUACUUCACCACUAUCGUCUCCGUGCGGCUCUUCCAGGAUGGAGAGAAGCGGCUGGCCGUGCUCCGCCUUUUCUGGGUCCUCACGGUUCUUAGCCUGAAGUUCGUCUUCGAGAUGUUGUUGUGCCAGAAGCUGGUGGAGCGCACUCGGGAGCUCUGGUUCGGCCUGAUCGCGUCUCCGGCCUUCAUCCUCCUGCAGCUGCUCAUGAUCCGUGCCUGCCGGGUCAGCUAGGCUCGCAGAAGAUAAGCUGGAACGCUGGACCCCACGCUGAGGUCCCGCUUCCGCCGUACCAGAGGGGAAAUCUGGCUCUGAAAGCCAGCUUGUGCCCUCCUGGGUGCCCAGCUUUCUCUAUCAGUCACGUCUGAAAUUGUUCCCUCAGCAGGGCUAAAAAGAGCAGCCUUGAGUCUUAAAAUGUAUUCCCUCUUAUUUCA